AGUCUAUACGCGAGCGCCGGCUGUUUCAGUGCGCUCCAUACGCACGUUAGCAGUUCUAUCGCGAGCCAACUAUCUAGCAGCCGCGAGGCUGCGAAUGGCCUGAUAACCGUUAUGCCGAGCCACUAAAACAACGCGCAAGCCUUGUUUGGCCCGGCUAGAUUUGUCGGCUACCGCGCGGGAGAGCACUCGAUGAUACUGCCGACGACGCUGCGCAGUUGUCGCGUGUGCAUGCUGCUUUCGUUUCGUUUUGGGUAGCUAACUAAAUGAUACUCGCAGCGCAUGCUGUUGCGUCUUUCGCGAAAUUUCUGUCUGGUAUAUUGACGGUUCUCGACAAAAUUUCUGCCGUCUGCUACUCUGAUCCGCAUUCAUUGUAUUAUUCGUUUCGUAAUUCGUAAGUUUCCAUUGAAAGCAGCAUUGAUAAUGUUUUCCAGCGUUACUUGUACGUGAAACUGGCGUGUUUACAUACGCAAGGUCUGAGACGACACGAAUUAGCGCCGACGCUCCGUUAGAGCCGAGUUCACACUCGAAUCGUGACCGUUAUAUACCUGCCAGUUGUAGUAACCAAAAUCUCUGGCAAAGAAGAACCGUGAUUAUUUUGUCUUGCGUUGAUGCUAACAUCGCAACCAAUUCGAGCCAAAAGUUUGUUACGCGCCAGCUCGCAAAGAUCUUGUAUUCGAAAAUUACAGGAGAAAAUGCCGAACAUUAAGGUUUUUAGUGGAAGCUCCCACCCAGAGUUAGUGCUGCAAAUUUGUGACAGACUUGGCAUUGAACCUGGAAGAGUAGUGACCAAAAGAUUUAGUAAUUUGGAGACAUGCGUGGAAAUAGGUGAAUCAGUCCGAGGAGAGGAUGUCUACAUUGUGCAAAGUGGAUGUGGAGAAGUAAAUGACAACCUAAUGGAACUGAUGAUUAUGAUUAACGCUUGCAAAAUUGCAUCUGCUUCACGAGUAACGGCUGUCAUUCCCUGUUUUCCCUACGCUAGACAAGACAAAAAGGACAAGAGUCGAGCGCCUAUAUCCGCAAAGUUGAUUGCAAACAUGUUGUCAGUUUCCGGAGCUGACCAUAUCAUCACUAUGGAUUUGCAUGCCAGUCAAAUACAAGCUUUCUUUGAUAUUCCCGUGGAUAACCUGUAUGCUGAACCUGCAGUACUCAAAUGGAUCAAGGAAAAUAUUUCUGAUUGGCGAAACAGUAUUAUUGUUUCUCCAGAUGCCGGUGGAACUAAAAGAGUAACAUCAAUUGCUGACCGGUUAUCAGUUAACUUUGCUCUGAUCCACAAAGAAAGAGCUCGGGCUAAUGAAGUGUGUAGUAUGGUACUAGUAGGGGAUGUUAAAAAUAAAAUUGCCAUACUUGUCGACGAUAUGGCAGAUACUUGUGGAACUAUUUGUCACGCUGCUGACAAACUUUUGCAAGCAGGUGCUACACAGGUUUAUGCUAUAUUGACGCAUGGCGUUUUCAGCGGACCUGCCAUCAACAGGAUCAAUAACGCAGCCUUUGAAGCUGUUGUCGUCACCAAUAGUAUACCACAAAAUCGUCAUACUGAGGACUGUUCGAAAAUUAAGGUCAUUGAUAUUUCAAUUAUGCUAGCAGAAGCAAUAAGAAGAACACACAAUGGAGAAUCGAUUUCAUAUUUGUUUUCAAAUGUGCCAUAUUAAAUAACAUGAAGUUCAACAUUUCGUUCCCGCACUCAAUGAAGUUUUUAUAACUGUCUUAAAAUUGCAUUUCGUAAUCUUUAUUAUUUAUUUAAAACUUGAAGUAACAUAAUAAAUAUUGAUGUGAGUGUGAUAUUAUAAUCCAAACCCGUCUUCCAGAUAUUUUUUUGAUGGAAAUCAUAAAUAUCAUCGUAUAAAAUAUAAAUUUGAAUUCGGAAUCCAAUGACAUUUCAGUAAUAAACAACCAUAAUCCCUUAAA